AUGCUUUUGGCCUUUUCUGUUUCUCUCCAACCAUAUGUCCCAUGACCACACAAAAGUAGCAAAAGAUAUAUAUUUAUAAAAGAAAUUUGAAAAAAUAAAAAAGAAAGAGAAGAAGCAACUACUCGAAAACCUUAUAAGAAAGUGGAAAACAACCUCAUUAACAUUUCCCUUUGUGGUGCUCUUUUCUUUUUGCUACUCCAACAAACAUACCUAACCAAAAUGGAAGAACAAUGCAGUCCUCUUAGCUGGGCUUACUACUUUCAAGAAGAGGGGGUCGAGGAUUUGAAGCAGUCGCUCUUCUACUCGACUCUGGAGCUUGAGGCCGCGGUCAUCGCGUCCCACGAGGAGAUUUCGAGGAAAGACGACGAGAUUGCCCAACUGAAGGGCUUGCUAGCCAAGAUCAUCAAAGAGAGGGACGAAUUCGAGACGAAAUACCAACGACUUUCCUUGGAAAAACAGUUGGUUUUCCAACGAACCCAAAUCCAGGCACACUCCUCGAAGCAACAACCACUAGACUGUCCAAUCUCGAGCGGCACGACUAGUAAUGAGGAUGAAAACAAUGCACUUUGCCCGUCAGACUGCGACGACAGCUUAGUCGUCGCGUCUCAUGGCAGCAAGGACAGUCUGCCGCUUAUAAUUCCGUCGCAGCCUGCAGCAGAGGAUGUGACCGACAGAGUGCCGAUCAAGAAGGCGCUGCCGGAGCAGGGCAAGUUCCUGCAGGCCGUCAUGGAAGCCGGGCCGCUCCUCCAGACGCUCCUCCUGGCCGGGCCGCUCCCCCAGUGGCAGCACCCGCCGCCGCAGCUCAGCUCCGGCGACAUUCCGCCGGUGACGAUGUCGUCGCCGAGGUCGAAACUCGUGCAUGGGCACCAAGAUUCUUGCCUCAUCAGCCCUACUACGAGUGGCGGAGGAUUCACUAACAAGAGGGGUAUGUUGAACAGGGAAGCCUCUGAUUUCUCUCCCACCUCAAAAUAUCAAAAAAUUUGUUCGCCAAUUAACCACAAAAUUCGCACCAAUUUCUUAGAGUUGUGUUAGGAGUCGAAGAGUCUCCAAUUUUAAUUAUGGGAUUUUCGAAAUUCAUCAUCAUCGCCGUGGGAUGUGAUGGUGAUGGUGAUGGUGGUGGAGAUAGCUAGCUACCAAUUAAAGUUUGUACAUUUUACUGGUUUGUUUUAGGUUCUUGAACUAAUUGUAGAGAGAGAGAGAGAGAGAGAGAGAGAGGGAGUUGAACUUUUGAGGUUUUGAUUUGGGAUAGAGACUUUGAUGAGUUAAUAUUCCUACUAUAGUUAGUCGUCUAAUUUGGCCCCAUGAUAUGGAUUAUGAAAAUGGGAUGCUGCAAAAUUCUCCAAAUUGGUGGAGAAUAUUGUAAGGAUUUAGGGAAUGAUAUAUAGAUCAGUGUAUCUUUUCUAGAUUAAUUAUGAUGUUGUAGACCAGCAGUCAUCAUAUGGAAGAUGGCUUUGUUUUAGUCUAAUUAAUUAAAGUCGUUGCUUUUACUA